UAUGUCCGCCAACGAGCUCAUUAUAUCUAUUAAUUGCUUGUUCUACGCAGAUGAUAUUGUACUGAUUGCCACCAAGAAAACUCUUCAACCUCUUCUCGACCAAUGUGCUGAACAUAGCCUGACACUGGGGUAUUGAUGGAACCCUCGGAGUUCCUUUCAAGGCAGAAGGCCUCUUUAGCCCUAAAGACCUAGUGAAAACAAGUGCUGCUAAACUUCGUGUCACAAUGGCUAUGCUAGCUUCAAUUGGCGCCAACAACCAUGGCUUCUCUAAGCAGCUCUCCUGUCGGCUAUAUCGGCAAGUGGUCCGCCCACAAAUGGAAUAUGGACUGGCAAUUAUGCUUUUGACAAAUACCCAGACUAAAACCAUUUUCGGCGGAUCUAAAACUGCAUCAACAAAGGUGAUGAGAUAUCUACUGAAUUUGCCCACAAUGCGUGAACGAAGUGAAAUCCUUCAAGCAAAAUUUCUUACCGCUUCGCACUGGCACAAAC